UAAAAUUCGGCGGGAUAUGACAUAUAAAAAAAAAUUUAAACAAGAAUUACAUAUAACUUCGCAACUUUCUCGUGAAUGUUUAUUAUCACAAGUAUCCUCUUUGUAUAUGUUUUACACUAUUACAACACCAAAUUGUCCUGUCGUCAUAUUUGUCGGAAUUACUCGUGUCACGUGUUCACAUUUGAAAAGUGGCAUAAAAAUUCAUUUAUCGUCUUCAUAUUUUACAUAAACUGUUAAACACAUAUUGUUUUUAGAGAAAUUGUACACAACUAAAAACGGUUCAACAGUGCAUUUUAUUUUUUAUUGCACUGCACUGGGUCUUUGUUCUACAUUACUGAUACUUUCUUUAUGGAAUUUUAACAUUGGCAGUAAGACUCUUCGCAUUCAUGUGUUACGCUUUGAUAGACUACAACCUCUCUCACAUAUCACAUCUGAUAAGUUUCUAUCAUUUGGUCUUGAUACAUCUUUACUUAGAGAGAUGAAUGAAUUGCCUCUUAAACACGAGAAAUUUAUUAAUCUAGGCCAACACUUGAGUCCUGCUUAUAUCAGAAUAGGUGGAACUUCUGCUGAUUGCUUGAUUUUUAAUAAGCAGAUGCAGCAAAGCUAUUCCAAGAAAAUUCUUAGCCCUGUGGAUGGUCAAGAUAUUACUAAUUUUACCAUUUCUGGUAUAGAUUUGAUAGCUAUCUAUGAAUUUACCAUGAAAUCCAAGUUGCAAAUGAUUUUUGAUUUGAAUGUGUUGCUUAGAAAUUCAGAUGGAUCAUGGAAUAAUACUAACGCACAGGAAAUUAUCACAUUUGCUAAAAAUCAUGAUAUGAAAUUGGAUUGGCAAUUGGGAAAUGAACCAAAUUCCUUCAAACAUGUGUUCAAUGUGACUAUUUCUGCAACUGAACUUGCGAAAGAUUAUGAUUGUUUGAGACAAUUACUGGAUGAAGCAGGAUAUAUCAGAAGCAUCCUUGUCGGACCAGAAGUAAAUCAUGUCGGUGAUACAGAUCAUAUGGGAGAACAAUAUGCCAAGACAUUUUUGGAAAGUCAAAAAAAAAUUGUAAAUUACGUUACUUGGCACCAGUAUUAUUUGAAUGGACGUGAAGCUAAGAUUCAAGAUUUCGUGAAUCCUGUCACGUUCAAUUAUUUACCGAUGCAAAUUAAAAUCAUGGAAGAUUUCAUCACCGCAUCAAAGAAAAAUGUUUCCAUGUGGUUAUCAGAAACAAGUACCGCGUUUGGUGGAGGAGCACCCGAACUAUCCGACAGAUUUGUAGCCGGAUUUCUAUGGUUGGACAAAUUGGGAUAUAGUGCUAGUACAGGAUUGAAUGUCGUUACUAGGCAAUCGUUAUUCGGCGGGAAUUAUGCUAUGGUAUCACCAGAUCUCACACCAAAUCCCGACUGGUGGAUUAGCGUUGUUUACAAGCAAUUAGUGUCAGAAAAAGUCCUAAAAUUAGUGACGCCAAACAAUUACGGUCACGUUCGUUUAUAUGCACAUUGUACAUCGCAACAAGCUUUGAUUGAUGGAGUGCCAGCCAUCACAAUUUAUGGAAUGAACAUAGACAAAGUUGCGGUUCAAAUAAAUAUUCCAAUGUUGACCAUACAGCCCAGCAAAAUUUUGAAGAUACUCUUUUACUCUUUAACUGCCGAUCAUCUUCAAUCGAGUUAUAUUAAGUUAAAUGACGAAAUAUUAAAGUUGCGACCCAACGGAAAUCUACCGCAGUUUCGACCUAGGAUACUGGAGCCUACGAAUCCCAUUAUUCUGCCGCCAUACUCAAUGGUGUUUAUGGUAAUUCAUGGCAUUGAAGUUCCUGCCUGCUCGACUAAAAUGUAUUCUCAAAUGCAAUAAGCAUUUAAUAUAGUUUUCCACUGUUACUUUAACAAAUAAUAAAUUGCUAAAAUAAACUAUCAUAAUAAGA